GCGGACUUGAAAUACAAUUAAGCAUAGCUGUAGAUUUUACAGCAUCAAAUUUUGAUCGUGGAAUAGAUCUUCAUGGAUUAAAAUCCAAAAAUUCUGAAUAUGAACGUGCGAUGCAUUUAGUAGGUACCAUUUUAGAAAAAUAUGAUUCAGAUGGUCAUAUUCCAGUAUACGGGUUUGGUGGAAAAUUUUAUGGAAAUUCUACAGUAUCUCAUAAUUCUCUUUUAACAAGUGGUGGACCUUCUCAUGAUACAGGAAUUUCUAGAGCUAUUGACAUUUAUAAACAUAGUUUGCAAAAUGUUAAUUUAUCAGGCCCUACAAAUUUCUCCCCAAUAGUACAAACAAUUUCUAAUAAUUUAAAGGAAAUAGUGCCGACGCAGAAUAAUGUAUAUGCCAUCCUUCUUAUUAUUACCGAUGGUAUAAUUUCAGAUCUAAAUAAUACAAUAGAAGCUAUUAUGAAUGCUACUAUUUAUCCUCUUUCAAUCGUAAUUGUAGGUGUAGGAAAUGCGAAUUUUAGUGCUAUGAAAUUAUUGGCUGAUGAACUAUUAAAUCGUAAAUGGGAUGUUAACUUGCAACCUCGAGAUAUUGUUCAUUUUGUCAGGAUGAAUGACUUUAUACGGGAUAAGAUUAAUAUAGAUCUGCCUAAGGCUGUAUUAAAAGAAAUUCCAGAUCAAAUUAUGGAAUACAUGAAGAUUCAUAAUAUUGAACCUAAAAGAUUGAAAAAACCAGAC